GGCCCCACGCUCACAGUGCAAUGACUCAAGCAGAAAUUAAAUUAUGUUCUUUGUUGCUGCAAGAGCAUUUUGGAGAAAUCGUAGAAAAAAUUGGAGUCCACCUAAUCAGAACUGGUGGCCAGCCACUAAGAGUAAUUGCCCAUGACACAGGAACAUCAUUGGAUCAGGUUAAAAAAGCUCUUUGUGUCCUCAUCCAACAUAACCUGGUGACAUACCAAGUGCACAAACGUGGUGUGGUGGAAUAUGAAGCCCAGUGCAGCCGGGUUUUACGAAUGCUUAGGUAUCCCCGGUACAUCUAUACUUCCAAAACACUGUACAGUGACACUGGUGAGCUAAUUGUUGAGGAGCUGCUGUUGAAUGGCAAAAUGACGAUGUCAGCUGUUGUGAAGAAAGUAGCAGACCGUCUCACAGAGACUAUGGAGGAUGGCAAGACCAUGGAUUACACUGAGGUAUCAAACACUUUUGUGCGACUGGCAGACACACACUUUGUCCAACGCUGUCCCCUGGUACCUACCACAGCGAGUUCAGACCCUGGGCCACCACCACCUGCUCCCACCCUUGUUAUUAAUGAAAAGGAUAUGUAUGUCGUUCCUAAACUGAGUUUGAUAGGGAAAGGUAAAAGGAGAAGAUCUUCUGAGGAAGAUGCUGCUGGAGAGCCCAAGGCCAAGAGACUAAAACAUACCGCAGAUAACAAAGAGCCUAUUCCAGAUGAUGGUAUUUAUUGGCAAGCUAACCUUGAUAGAUUCCACCAGCACUUCCGUGACCAAACAAUUGUGAGUGCAGUUGCCAACAGGAUGGACCAGACCAGCAGUGAGAUUGUGCGGACCAUGCUCCGAAUGAGUGAGAUCACCACUCCCUCUAGUGCGCCCUUCACCCAGCCAUUGUCUUCCAAUGAGAUCUUCAGAUCCCUACCCGUUGGCUACAACAUUUCUAAACAAGUUCUUGAUCAAUACCUUACUCUGCUGGCAGAUGAUCCACUAGAGUUUGUUGGAAAGUCUGGCGACAGUGGUGGAGGAAUGUACGUCAUCAACCUCCAUAAGGCUCUAGCAUCCCUGGCCACAGCCACCCUGGAAUCCGUUGUACAGGAAAGAUUUGGGUCUCGCUGUGCUAGAAUUUUCCGAUUAGUUUUGCUAAAGAAACACCUGGAACAGAAGCAGGUAGAAGACUUUGCAAUGAUUCCAGCAAAGGAGGCAAAGGAUAUGCUAUAUAAGAUGCUCUCAGAAAAUUUCAUAUCACUGCAGGAAAUUCCCAAAACACCAGACCAUGCCCCAUCCAGGACUUUCUAUUUAUACACUGUGAACAUCUUGUCAGCUGCCCGAAUGUUGCUGCACAGAUGUUACAAGAGCAUAGCUAACUUGAUAGAAAGGAGGCAGUUUGAAACCAAAGAGAACAAACGUUUACUGGAGAAGUCUCAGAGAGUAGAAGCUAUCCUCGCAUCUAUGCAAGCCACUGGUGCUGAAGAGGAACAGCUUCAAGAAAUAGAGGAGAUGAUCACAGCCCCUGAACGUCAACAGCUAGAAACCCUGAAACGUAAUGUUAACAAGUUGGAUGCCAGUGAGAUCCAGGUAGAUGAAACCAUCUUCCUUCUGGAGUCAUACAUCGAGAGCACCAUGAAAAAACCAUGACCCAACAGAAGAGGCUUCU